AUGUCUUAAAGUUUCUGGAAAUACGUGUUGGCAGCAAGUGCGGUUCUUUUCCAAUUAUCUCAGGCUGCCUUCUACGACUGCAUUACUAACCUUGCUAGCUUAAGAUCUGAUGCAGAUGCUCUUGAAUUAGUCAAAAAGGCGCAUGCUGAAAAGCUCAAGUUUUCAUCCUAGUGCCUUGAAAUUGUGUUGAAGAAGAACUUUUUCAAAACCGGUGAAUAUAUGAUUGACGAGUAUUACCCAAAAACAUCUAUAGAUACUGAGGUCAUAGUUAGAAACGUAGCCAAUGAUAUCAAGAGAAAUCAAGAUUACCUCAUAUUCUAGGUUAAAAAGAGAGAGCUGAACAAUAAUUUCAUCUCAGUAAAGCCAGUUAUCUACUGGGCUUAACACACUGAAGAUUUAUUACUUAUGGUGAGACUUCACUCUCAGAUGGAUACUCCAGAUUGCAAGUAGAGCUUUGAAAGAGAGGUUAUUAUUGAGGAGGACAGAAUCAGAGUUCAGGCUUACUGCUAUGAGUCAGAGGAUAAUAUUCGUAUUUUCGAUACAGAUGAAGUUAUUUUUAAGAAAAAGAUUAUUCCCGAAAAAAGUACUUACGAAUGGAGAGGCGAUGGCAAGCUAAUUCUCAACUUAAGAAAAGCUAAUGCUCCAAGUUUCUGGAAAUAUCUACUACAAGAUGUAAAGAAAGAAGUAAAGGAAUUAUAAGUAUGGUGGGAGAUGAGAGACAGAUACAUUGAGUAGUUAGAAGAAUAUAUGAUGGAGGAAAAUGCAAAAGAAAGACUAGAGUAGAAAGCAAGCGAUCUUUGA